AUGUCGUAUGAAUAUUAUCAGUGCAUCAGGAGAGAAAAGGAAAAUGAAGAAACAGAAGAACAGACAGUAGAAAAUGUAGAAGAGGAGGACGAAGAUGGAGGGGGAAAGAAAAAGAGGGACACAGGGCAACAGGGGCCUUGGGUGGAAUCUGACAAUGUUCCACAGCAACCUGUUACCCCUAAACCAGAAGAACCUCAGACGGAAGAAGCUCAAAAAGAAGAGCCAAAACCAACACCAGGCAAAUAUACUCCGCCAAGUCAACGUGCUGCUGCGGCAGCUGCUGCAGGCGGUGCUACUCCAGGGCCAACUAUUCCAGCUCAUUUACGGAAGAAAAAAGCAGCACCAAAUUUAAAAAGCGAAGAAGACUUUCCAACUCUUGGUGGUGGUCCGAUGCCAGUACAACAAGACAGUGACCCAAGAAGUUUUCAACGACUGCAUCAUGGAGGUCGACAGAUGGAUGAUCCAACUAAAUCCUCAUAA